GGGGUGGUUGCUUGGUUGCUGUGGGACACCGCGAAAGUGGAAGGUGUGUAAAAGUCCGCCACGGGAGAGCCCAUGGCCACAAGUUCCUGCGUCAAAGGUCCGUUGUUUCUUGAGCGUCGCUAUGGACCGGCUAUGGAGGGCUCGCUCGCUCUUGUCACCCGGGAGACUUGCUUUCCGACAGCCACUUCUUGGAGUCGUGUACUAGUUCUCUGAGCCAGCCCUCGUGGCUUCCCGUUGAAAGAAUGCUGUGGGGGCGUUCCACCAACCCAGGCUCUUAAUUUUCCCUAUACGUUUUGCUAUGAGUAAUCCAAAGAUAAAGAAGAACAAUGUCCUAGAGGUUACGUUUGUGGCAGAUGAAGAUGUUCUGAAGCACAUUUCUGAGAGUGCAGGUCCUAAGGUUCGGAAGAACAAAGCUUCACAUACGCUUGAUGUAAAAAGAUGGGUGAAAAACACAGAAAACAGCUCAGAUGAUGAGGUCCAGGAUAAUUUUGAAGAGCAAGAUUAUGUGUCUGUCCUUGGCAUAGAUGCUCAAGAGUCUUUGAGAAAUGGAUCCAGUGCCGGUGGAGGUGAUGUCUUCUCGUUCCAAACGCCAAAACGUUCUAACAAGAUGGCAGAGAUGGCCUGUGAGCUGGCUCACAAACCAGGAAGGAAUGUAAAACAUGACAGCCUGAAGAAUCUUGAAAAGGAAGCAAGCACUCCUACAAGCAGCAAGAAAUACUCUGCUUCAAGCAAAGGCCAGGAAGAGAGCCAAAAGAAUGAGUGUGUGUCAACGACACCUUAUAGACUCAGAAAAAGAAUUACAGCAUCAACCAUGUGCUCUGAUAGUGAAAGUGAUUAUUCUGCUUCAUGCUCUGAAGAAGAAGAAGAAGAAGAAGAGGAGGACAGUUGCAGAGAAACUGCUGAUGGAGCUCUCCAUCCAGAAAUGCCGGCUACAACCCAAACAACAAAUGCUUCGGUUAACAAAGAAACACCAGCUAAGAAACUGAAGAAAGGCACUCCUAGCAAUUUGGUGGAAGAAUAUUUUGAAGCACACAGCAGUUCCAAAGUUUUAACCUCUGACCGAACACUUCAGAAGCUGCAGAAAAAAAAAUUGGAUCAGGAGUCCCUGCAAAAUCUCUUGAACAAAGUACCAGUUGCAUUUGAAGCUGAACGUGAAGAGUUAACUAAGCAACACGAAUCUCUCUUUUACAAAUGGAUGUUGCAUUUGCACCUGGGGUUCAACAUUGUGCUAUAUGGUCUAGGUUCAAAAAGAGAUCUGUUGGAGAAUUUUCGCAUUUCUCUUCUUCAGGAUUCUGCUCACAUCGUUGUGAAUGGGUUCUUCCCCAGCAUCACUGUGAAAUCAAUUCUGAAUUCCUUAACAGAGGAGGUGUUGGAUCAUGUGGGUACUUUUCGCAGCCCCCAGGAUCAGUUGGACUUUAUUAUGAAACGAUUUAAAGAAGAUCCUUCCUUGGAACUCUAUCUGCUCAUCCAUAACCUAGACAGCCAGAUGCUGAGAGGAGACAAAAGCCAACAAAUCCUGGGACAAUUGUCAUCCCUCCCCAACAUCUACCUCAUAGCCUCUAUUGAUCAUAUUAAUGCACCACUCAUGUGGGAUCAGGCGAAACAAAGCAUGUAUAAUUGGCUAUGGUAUGAAACAACCACUUACAGUCCUUACAUAGAAGAAACAUCCUAUGAGAACUCCCUCUUGAUACAGCAGUCUGGGUCUUUGGCUCUGAGCUCCCUCACACAUGUUCUCCGUAGUCUCACUCCUAAUGCAAGGGGAAUUUUCAGGCUUCUGGUGGAGUAUCAGUUAGAAAAUAAGGAUAACCCCUCAUACCCAGGGCUUUCCUUCCAAGAUUUCUACCAACAGUGUCGGGAGGCCUUUCUGGUCAAUAGCAACCUAACUCUUCGAGCUCAGCUCACAGAAUUCAGGGAUCACAAGCUCAUUCGGACCAAGAGGGGUUCUGAUGGAGUCGAAUAUUUAUUAAUUCCUGUGGAUAAUGGGACCUUGACUGACUUUUUACAAGAAAAUAAUGACAUUUGAGGGCUUUCAAGCAUCUAAUGGCAACUGUUCUCAGGAGCUGCUGGAAUACUUCCUUCAGUGUAGCCAAUUUUCAGGUCUCAGGAGUCUUAUCUACCUGUAAUGAUGGAAUAAAGUGUUGUGUAAGCAAAGCCAACUUUUAGAUCCGUCUAGAUCUGCUCAGGUUUCCAUUUGUAUGAUGCCUUCCUCCUGUCUAUUUCUUUACAAAGAAAACGUCACCCAUUGAUAGUAAUGUGCCUUCUGCUCGAAAAGAACUAAUUUGAGAACUUUGUUGAAAAAGAAAUAAGUUGUUCUUGUAGAAAACUUAGCUCUUUUCCACAAUGGAUGAAUGUUAUUGGUCUUUAAAGGUGGGUGCUGUGAGAUUGAGUGAUUGGGGCAGAGAACUUCUUGAACUAGAGUAAAGCAAGUUAUAAAUAUCAGAGAUCCAAGAUUGUGGCUAGUUUAUUAAAAUGUCAGUUUUAAUUGGGCACAAGGGAGGCUUUCUCCCUAGAAUACAAGCCAUCGUAAAGUUUAAAUCUAAACUGGCAACAGUUUCAAUAAAAGUGGUUAAUUUUUAACACCAACUUUCUUAAUGACAUUAGAAAUUAUGAUACAUGUUUUUAAACACUGAAUAAAAAUCGUAUGUAGUUGUAAAA